AUGGACGAAUCCCAGACAGCUUUUGCUUCUCAGUAUCCUUCUUACGGCUUUGAUCUCGAUAUGAUGAAGAGGUCCAUGGAACCUGUUGGAGGCCCAGAUGCGAAAAAGGCUCGUUGGUCGCCUACUUUUCCUCAACAAAACUCGUCUUCCAACGCUAAUUCCAACCGUGAUGCAUAUGCAAACUACGGCUAUGGUCCACAGGCCUCUAUCUCUCAGUCGGGAUACGCCUCUUCUCCAAUCGCACCCAGUCCUCUUUACUCUACACCUUCCUUGUCUAUCAAUACCCAAGCUGGUGGCUCUAUGAACCCUCAAAUGAGCCCGAACACCGCCAACUUUCCCCAGCAACAGCAGCCGAGUCCAAACGGCUCGUCACCUUAUGGUUUUGGAUCAUAUAACAUGCUUGGAAUGGGUAUGCCAGGAAUGAAUAUGAUGGGCGGGUUCGCGUAUAACGGCCAAAUGGGCGGAUUUCCUCAACAACGACUACCUUCUCUGACUAUUCCUCAGGGCAAUCCCAACGGCCCUCAGAGCGCUUACUCUCCAGUUGCUCUUUCUGCGGCCCUGUCAGCGUCCAACAACACCACCGGACGCACUGUAUACGUUGGCAACCUACCCGCCACCGCAUCUGUUGAUGAGCUCCUCAAUCUCGUUCAUUUUGGUCCUCUCGAAUCAAUCCGAGUUCUACCAGAGAAAUCAUGUGUAUUCCUGUCAUUCCUCGAUGGUGCCACCGCGGCAGCUUUUCAUGCCGAUGCCACCAUCAAGAAGCUGACCCUUCACGGACAGGAGCUUAAGAUAGGCUGGGGAAAGCCCAGUCCCGUGCCUGCUCAGGUUGCAUUAGCAAUUAGUCAAAGCAACGCAAGCAGAAACGUCUACUUGGGUGGACUCGAGGAGAACACGACGGAGGAGCAGUUGAGAGAUGAUCUUAGUCGCUUUGGACUCAUUGACCAAGUAAAAAUCGUUCGUGACAAGAACAUUGGUUUCGUGCAUUUCCUGAGCAUCUCAGUCGCAAACAAGGUCGUCAACACAUUGCCUACUGAACCCGCUUGGGCAGGCAAAAGAGUUAAUUAUGGCAAAGACCGGUGCGCCUAUAUUCCGAAGUCGCAACAAGCCGCUGCCCAACAGGCUCAAGCAGCAGCAGCACAGUCUCUAGUAGCCCAAUCCGCUGCUGCUGCUGCUGCUGCUGCCGCCGCCGCCUCUUCUCCUCAAUCCGCGCACCCGAACAAUAUGGGCAACGGUGUCUCGUCCCCGUUCAAUCCGUAUGCUCCCUUUGGUGCUGGUGAUGCGCUCCAGCAAGCUAUGGCUGCUGCUUCGGCUGUAGGAAUGAGUGGUAUGGGAAUGAGUCAAGGUAUCAAUAGGACCGUCUACCUCGGGAACAUUCACCCUGAGACCACAACUGAGGACCUGUGUAACGCGAUUCGUGGUGGGGUGUUGCAGAGCAUUCGAUAUAUGCAGGACAAGCAUAUAUCUUUCGUUACAUUUAUUGAUCCCGCUGCAGCCUUCACCUUCUUCCAGGUUGCGUCUUACCAAGGCAUGACUCUGAACAAUCGUCGUCUCAAAAUUGGUUGGGGAAAGAACUCUGGUCCCUUGCCACCCACGCUGGCUUUGGCCGUUCAUGCUGGCGCAACAAGAAAUGUGUAUAUCGGUAACAUUGAGGACUUUGAAACAUUCACCGAGGAAAGGUUAAAGAGGGACUUUGGCGAGUAUGGAGACAUUGAGUUGGUCAACUUUUUGAAGGAAAAAAACUGUGCCUUUGUCAAUUUCACCAACAUUUCCAACGCCAUUAAAGCCAUUGACGGUGUCAAGAACAAGCCAGAGUACGGUAAUUUGAGAAUCGCGCAUGGAAAGGAUCGUUGCGCGAAUCCGCCUCGUUCAGGACCACAGGGUGCUUCAGGCGGUAGAAGGACUGCUUCAGGAGCAGGAGCUACCGGAGGAGAGCCAGUUAGUGCCAUUGAUGGCGCUGGGUUUGAUGCUGAACUGACGGAUGCGAUGGUGCAGCAAGCAGCUGACGAGGAAGCUAUGGUCGCUGCUGGCGUUGUCAUUGCAGCACCCGAUGAAGCGCAGCAAAUGCACGUUGACGGUGGAGAGGUGUCUGCUCCUGCCUGA